GAGACUCACUGAAAUAAAGAUGGAAAUUCUUUAGCAAUUUGAAAUCGCUACUUUCUAAUACUACAUUAAUCUGCAGUUUGAUGUUUCAGAAGCAGCAACGGUUUAUUGUCCAAAUGAAUAUAAAUGUUCGGCAAGUAAGACAUGCAUUCCAAUGGAGCAAGUAUGUGAUGGAGAGGCACAGUGUUUGUACGGAGAUGACGAACGUUCUUGUAAAUCCACCUGUCCCGACAAAUGCAAAUGCGCGGAAUACGAAACCGACUGCAGUUUUGCGGACAUAAACAACGAUACUUUGCAAUACUUGCACACAAAUAUCCGUCUGUUGGAACUGAGCGGAAACACUGGAAUCCGAGAAAUACUUCUUCAGCAAUUUGAAGGAUUUCCAUACCUAAUACUUAUGAAUAUCUCAAUGUGUGACAUAAAGGAGAUUGGCAAAAACGUAUUUCAAACAUUGGUUAAUUUGCGGAUCCUAGACCUCAGUUUUAAUAAAGUGUUUCGAAUACCAACUUCAGCCUUUAUUGGACUGCGGAAGCUAAAAGUGUUGAACUUAGCUGGAAACAAGGACAUUCAUUUAUUUGAGCCAUAUUCUAUGAAUGGACUGUCUAGUAUAAGAAGUAUUGAAAUAACCGGUGCACAUAUUUAUAAAAUUUCCUCUCACGCAUUUGACGGUUUAAAUCUUGAUGAACUAAGACUAUCCGAUAACAAUAUACAAGAAAAGGAAGACGACGUAUUUGCUGGCCUGAAUGCGACAGUCGUCGACAUGGAAACAAAUGAAAUAGCAACAUUUAAUCAAGAUUUAUUCCGAGGUUUAUAUGGAGUGACUACAUUAUAUACACCUGCCUUUAAGUACUGCUGUGUUCGCCCUAACUAUUUAGCAGACAAAGACUGUUUUCCUGAAAAGGACGAAUUUUCUUCAUGCGCAGAUUUGUUGCGUGUGUCUGCACUUCAGACCAUGCUAUGGCUUGUCGGAAUACUAGCGCUUCUUGGGAAUAUUCUAUCUGUUAUUUACCGACUCGUCUACGACAGAGAAAGGCUGAAACUUGGUUUUGGGAUAUUUGUGACAAAUCUUGCUGUAGCAGAUUUCCUUAUGGGAAUUUAUCUUAUAAUAAUAGCAGUAGCUGACGCUGCAUACCGGAAAAGAUAUAUAUUUAUGGAUGACUACUGGAGGAAUAGUGUAUGGUGUAACCUAGCUGGAUUCCUAUCCACAGUUUCAUCUGAAGCUAGUGUUUUCUUUCUAUGCCUUAUUACACUGGACAGAAUUUUAGUCAUAAAGUACCCAUUUGGUCAAGUACGUUUUAACACGAAACAUGCUGGGAUCUUCUCAUGCAUUGUCUGGGUGAUUUCGGUGUCCAUUGGCCUGAUACCAAUUUUGUACAAAUAUUACUUUCAAGAUAAGUUCUAUUCCAAAUCUGCCGUAUCCAUUGCUUUGCCGUUGACGAGAGACCGGCCGCCUGGAUGGUUAUAUUCUAUUAUCGUUUUUAUCGGACUAAAUUUUGUGACAUUUUGUUUAAUAGCUUUAGGGCAGGUGAUGAUUUAUUCGGAAAUUAAGAAGACAACAGCAGGUUUACAGCGGUUGUCUACGAAUAAAUGCAAGGUUGGAACAAGACAACGGAGAGAACUUACAGUUGCAAGAAACCUUUUGCUUGUCGUGGCCACUGACUUCCUGUGCUGGUUCCCAAUUGGGUGUAUGGGAAUGAUGGCAUUGUGCGGUCGGGUGAUUCCCGGUGAAGUUUAUGCAUGGACGGCCGUCUUUAUACUUCCCGUAAAUUCUGCGCUAAAUCCCGUUCUUUACACGUUAACAACUAUUCUCGGAAAGAAAAAAUCGCAGGCGCAACAAGACUCUCAUACAGUAUCUUCAGUCGACUCGCAGCACAAGGUCACGAAAAAACGAACAUUCAACAAAUUAUUUCGAAACUUCAUCAUAGAAACCGAUACUCUUAGAAGUUUGUGAGGCUAGAAGAUCUUGGUGACACAGAAAACACCCUCACGUCAAAGGAUGUUCUGACCAUUGUCUUUAAUGUUUCUCGUUACAUUUGCUUGUUGCAUAAAAAUUCACUGAUUGUGGAGAUUAAUGGACGAAGCGUUUAUGUAUGCAUGGAAUCUGACAAGGUUAUUGGAGAUGUACAAAUCAGAGAUGAUCCAUUUGAGUGUUCAUCUAACGAGAUGAGAAAGAAGAAUAUCUACCAACUUGGUCAAGUUAUUCGACUACUCACAGUAAUAUUGCUGAAGACACAGAAACGACAUGCAAAAUGUAUUGAUACACAGAGUGUGUAUAAUAAUGGCACAAAAGAGCAAGACUAGUUGAAGUCUGCAUUAAAGUUUUCGCUAAUUGUGUUUGCUAAUAUGAUACCAUGAUGCCUUUACGUUCCAUAAAAUCUUAUCGUAUGUAGAGUCGUUUGGGUGUAUCUUUAAAGCUUAGAUACUUCUGCGUCUGUAUACCAAUCCAUCGUCAAAACCUUUUGUUGUCUGGCGUCAUAUAAUUAGUGUUUUGUUUAAACUCGGAGAACAUGAGGUUGUUGAAAAAUCUUCAUUUACUCAAUGUACUAAAAUUUGAAAUUUGAUGGGCAGUCAAUUGCGAAGUAAAAUUUCUUGAAAACUAUAAUUAUAUUUUGUCGUUUGAAGUUUGGUAAUCAUAGUUGUCGUGGUAGUAGUAGUAGUUUUAUUUGGCAAAAGUGUACAUAACAUGGCAAUUUAAAACAAAUGACAAAUUGAUACAUAUUAUAAUAAUUGAUGGUAAUAUUUAUAUCUUUACCUGGAGUCAUUUUCAAAAUAUUGGUUGAGCCGGGUGGUAAUAUUUUUAUCAAAAUACUACUUGAGCAUGAAGGUAAUAUUUCUAUAUCUAUCCUGGAGCCAUUUUCAAAAUAUUGGUUGAGCCGGUUGUAAUAUUAAUAUCUAUUCCUUGGGCCAUAACCACAAUAGUGGUAUUAUUUAUAAUGGGCCAUCCUCAAAAUACUGUUUGAUCAUGGUUAUUAUGCAUGGGUCAUAUGCAAUAAAACUGAUUGCGCAUGAUGGAAAUAUUUAUGUCUAUAGCUUGGGCCAUAAGCUUGGUACCCAUAUAUGUGGCUAUAUUCAAAAUACUGAUUGAGCAUGUUGGUAAUAUUUAUUUUUUAUUCCUAGGUCCAUUCAAGUAUUUGGAGGUGUAUACAUCUUAUUUCAGUCUUUAGGUCUAAUAAAUGAAGUUCAUCCUCUUCCUGUGCAACAGAUUUAUUCUGCUACACAUAUGCUACUAUAUAUCAGCUCUUAAAUUUGUAAAACUCCCUUAUUUGUGGACCUGAAAUGUAAGUGCCUCCUCGGCUGUGAGGAUGAGGUAACCUGCCCUAUAGAAUCGAAAGAUUACUGUGGAUAUAAAAAUUCAUGCAAUUUAGGGAAGCCACCCGGCUGGGUUAAGGAGGGUUGAUGGUCCCACCUAUUUGCCUGCUCGUGCCUGAAGUAAUGUGCGAAGGGGCACGUGGGGUCUUCCUAAACAAUCAAAACCUUGAAACUCGACAGAUGACAUGAUUGUAUGGUUGUCACGUUAAACUAUAACCAUUUAGGAAAUAUGACUACUAGUACCAUAGCUCUGUGAUUAUAUGUUCAGUAAAUAGCCAUUUGUGCUUUGCUGUGUGAUGUCAGUACCAGAUUUACUUCAUUGGUACAGAUAUGUUGUCAAAGCAUCGUAACUAUAAUUUUGUAUCACAACAAUUAAAAAUAAAACAUAUAGUCUUUAAACUUGCAUUAGCAUAAAUUAUUAUCAGUCCUUAAUAUUAAGGAAUAGCUAAUAUGUCCUUCUCCCUAGUCGUCAUUUUUUCCAUUUUAACAUAAUUUCAUUUAUAAUUCUGUUUUUAUGGGAACAAAAUGUUAAACUCAGAGUUAUGACGAUGUCAACAUUAAUUAGGAAAUACACGGUAAAUGAAGCUGGUUAAGAACUGGAAUGAGAUAAGAAAUUAAAAAUAAACUUUUCACAAACUUGAAUUACAUAUUUGCAUUUUAAGAAGACUGACAUAUCAAAGACUUUACACGAUACUUCUUUAGAAUAUUCACACUAUUUAAGUGUUUGGUCAUUUGUUUGCAAGCAAUACAUGUUGUCAGAUAAUUCAAUGGUUAAAUGAUUUGUAUUCAAAUGUUUAGAAAUAUUGAAACAGUUCUUUAUUGCAUAGUUUUGUUGUCAGUGUUUUCUGUUUCAACGAGAAUAUUGUUCAUAAUAGGUGU